UCGCCGGCUUGCGAAUGGUCAUGCACUGUCCGUCCCACGUCAGCCUGGCCCGUUGGUCUAGCCUGGGCGCCGUCUUGUAAGCUUCAUAUUACAUAGUAGAGGGGAAAAUAAAAACAAAGGCAAACAAGGGGUGGGAGGAAUUGAGUUUAUUUUAUUUUUUUUAAUCUCCAAUUUCUUUUUAAAUGCUGGCCGUCCCCAGCCUAUUCUGGUUCGUCUGGACUGGGACGGUCGCAAUUGCAAUAUCGUACCUCUGGGCCUCCGCUCGUCACCACAAGCAGCAAACACCAUCAUCACCAAUGCCGUCCAGAAUCACAACAAUCGCCGCCCCCGGGCCUGACAGCCUCGGGAGUAACAGCAAUGGCGCUGCGAUAGCGGGAGAAAAGUGCUCGGGUUCGACCAAAUUCUACGGCUCGCAGGUCGGGGGCAAGUCCGUCAUCAACUACAGCUACACGGACCUGCCGUUCCGGCUACUGGGCUACGAUGUCUACUACUUUUUCCGCUUCGCCUGGGCCAUCCCCUACGUGGUGCUGCCCGCCAGCCCGCCCUACAUUUCGGGCGACAUGGACGAGCUGAGCCCGACGCGCGAGAACCUGUUUUGCAUUGUCGUGCACGCCGUCCUCAUCGUCAUGCAGCUGGGCUUCGUGCUGGUGCUCCUGCCCGUCAUGGUGCUGCUGCCCGUGUGGACGGCUGCCAUGUUCAUCGCUGCCUUUUUGGUCUGCAACAGGCUCAUCUGCAAGGUGCUCAAUGGUGAUCAGCCCACCCUCACGUCGAAUCCCGAGUAUGCCCCGGCUCUGGAGAAGCAUGCCCACGAGCAGUGGAUCUUUGUCAAUGGUGUUGCCGUCGGGAAGCACUGGCUUCAGAACAACCUGGACCGGCUUGCGCUUACUUUCAAGAGGCCGAUUCUUGGUAUCCACAACAAAACUGAUGGAAUCAUUUUUGAUAUCGUAGAGUGUCUUGUGCAGCGCACUUUUGGCUACGCAACAGACGACGUGCGUUUGUGCUACGCCGCUGUCAAGGAGAAGCUGUACGAUCCGCAGUACAGCAAGGUGGUCUUGAUACUGCACAGCCAGGGAGGCAUCGAGGGAGGCAUGGUUCUUGAUUGGCUCCUCCAGGAGAUGCCGCAAGAUUUGCUUGCCAAGGUUGAAGUUUACACCUUUGGCAACGCGGCCAACCAUUUCAACAACCCCCACCUCCACGUCACAUCGCAGGAGAACGCCGAAGCAAACCCCCUGGCGGCAUCCAUGGACGUCGCCGAGCCCACAGAGGCCCUAGAACGCUCCGCCAGCAGUGACAACGCUGUGGCCGCGGCAUCCAAGUCCAAGAAGAAGAAGAACGGGGGCCGGCGAACCCACGGCAAUGGGGGUAGCAGUAGCAGUAGCAGCAUCAACAGCGACGCGCUCGAGAGCAUGCUGACGCGCGAGACGUCUGCGCCGCGACCGUCGGCCAUCUCGGACCGCGUCAUCGGGCACGUGGAGCACUACGCGCACACGACCGACUUUGUAGCCCUCUGGGGCGUGCUGCACUUUGCGACCUCUACCCCGGCAACGCUCUUCGUCCCGCGCUUCAUCGGCCGCCUGUUUGCCCGCACGUCGGUCCGCGGGGGCCACCAGCUCUGCAUGCACUACCUCGACGGCAUGUUCCCGCUGCGGCGGGACGAGUCCGCGCCCGGCGGGUUCAGCGGCUGUAUCGAGGCCGGGCCCGCAGAGGAAGGGCUGAACGACUUUAUGGACAGCGAGGUCGUCGUCGGUGGCGGCGGCGGCGCCAACGCCGUGGUGGACGUCGCGGGCGCGGCGUUCAAGUCGAGCUGGGUCGGCGUCCUCAAGAACGAAAUGGAGGGUCUGCCGGCUGCGGCGGCGCAGGCUGCCGACGAGGUCGAGGUCAUGAAUGCGGGGCAGGGCCUCGGCAAGGGCGCGGCGCGCACGUUCAAGGUCAAGCAGCUUAGUCGGCUGUGGCAGUAUCGUGACGGCAGGAGCCCCGAGGAUAACGUGGUUGAUGGUCCUCUUCGUGGAAAGACGCUGUGAGUCUGGUGUUUGAGCGGUGGGUGGUUGAGGAGGGUGAGGUGUUGUUGUAGCUUUACGAAGAAAAAGUGUCUGUUUGGGAUGUACCAAAGUAUGAUUGAGGAAACAUGUAAUGUUAUUGAGUUGUUUGGGUGAGGGUUCAGAAUUGCCUGGGUUUUGAUAGUGGAGGAAAUUUGGAGUUCGAGGUAUGUCUCAGUUGUUUGUGAUAACGAGAUACAAACGGGCAGUUGGGAAUGAUAUUGAUAAUUAUCACGAGGGGAGAAGAGAACAGCCGCUUGAGCUUCAUCAAACUUGUGCGUUGCGGGAACAAAGGCGUGUUGCCGGCUGCGACGAGGCAAGAGGCAAACGAGCCAGGUCGGGCGGGGUGGCAGUCACAAACAAACAAACAAACCUCCCUCCCCUUUCUCGGAAUCCCUUUAUAACCUACCUAAUUCCGACACCUUUCAAGACCGGUCCUAUAUUCACUCUGCCCCUGUGGUCGAGUGGUAUAGAGAUUGCUAUGACCGCUUUGGCUCCGGCCUCUUAGCGCAGCGUCGUCGUGAAGGUCCAGACAAAACCACCCUCGGGCGGUUUUUCGAUGGGUGUUCUCCUUCGUGUGGCUUGGAGUUUAGUGGGUCGGUGCCUUCUGGGCGCGCCUCUCCCUGCUCGUGAACGGAUAAAAUAGCCUUGCUUUUUUGUAUUUUUGUCUAUUUUUAUAUGUUGGGGCGUUCAAAAUUGUCAGAAGUGGUCAAGAUGGUGAAGUUGGGGUUGGGUGGACGUUGGUGGGUGGUCAUGUCUUGAUGUCCUGAUGUUUCGCGACGUGCUCCGGCAAGAGGUCGUUUGCAAGUAGGAAACGCCAAUUAGGCCGCGAUGUAGGAGGCUGCGGUUCGAAUUCGGCUGGGGGCAAUUGCUCGUUGUUUGGUUUCCCUUUUAUUUCUUAUUCGGGCUGUUUGUUUUGGUUCCUUCCUCAUUCUUUGGGUGAUAUCAGUCUCCCGCCGCCCACUACGAUAUAAUCAUCCCCACUGCAGCAUUUGUUUAGGUAUUUGAAGCUUCAGGAAAGGUUAGAUAUUUAUACUUUCAAAUUUAUCGCGAAAAAAGGUAUUGAUCUCAGUUGAUAGG